AUCCUUUCUGAGCCAAGGCUGGCAGAGAGGAGCUGUCACGUGAGCCCAGGGGUCACGGGCGCAGCCCCAGCUCCCGCUCAGCAGAAGGCCAGAGCUAGAGGGCUGUAGGGAUGACCCAAGAUUCUCCUGCCAGCGCUCGGCACCAGAGCUGGAGUGGGAGGCCAGGAGGGGAAGGACACACACAGCCUGAUGGAGGUGUGGGGACUAGAUCAGACGCACCACUCAGAGGGGAGAGUGUCACGGUAGCCAGGCCCCAGCCCUGACCCCCCACAAUCGGUGGAGGGAAGAGACCAGACUUCUAAUUUUGCCUCUACCAGCUACUGAGUGACCGCAAGAGAAGCUCCAUCCCGCUCUGGGCCUGUUUUCCUAUCUGUGCCAGGGAGGGAGGCUGGCUGCCAUGCUUCACUUUACCAGCGUACCUAUCCCUUGCUCAGCCCUGGCCUGGACCCACAGACAUGAUCCCUGAAGAAAGACUCAGUCGAGUAUGGCAAAGUCACCACUUGAGCCAGAAGAGGAAGAUGCAGAGUGGGGCAGAGGAGGGAAUCACUGACCCGGCUCCAGAGGAAGAGGCUUUUAGCUGGUCCGCAGGACACCCAGGGUGACACCAGGUGUGGCUGGGCUAUUGGGGCGGAGGAAACAGCACCAGCAAAGGCAGGCAGGGGGGUCAGGGCAGGCCUGGCCUGGGGCAAAAGUGAGCCUUCCCAAGACCUUCUGCUAAGUGAAAUAAACCAGGCACAAAAGGACAAACACUGUGUGAUUCCCCUUCUGUGAGGUGCCUGGAGUAGCCACAUUCAUAGACACAGAAAGUAGAAUGGUGGUUGCCAGGAGCUGGAGGGAGGGAGGAAUGGGGAGUUGUUUCAUGGGUGUAGAGUUUCAGUUUUAUAAGAUGAGAAGAAUUCUGGAGUUUGGUUGCACGAUAAUGUGAAUGUACUUAACACUACUAAACACACUUAGAAAUGGUUAAGAUGGUAAACUUUAUGUAUAUUUGACCACAAUUUUAAAAGGUAACUAUACACAUGCACACACACACACACACACACACACACACACAGCCUUCCCCAGGAACUGAGUUGGGGAGGGGAGGCCAGAAAGGGGAGAGGUCAAGGGCCCUCAAACCAUGCUGAGACCGACAUGGCCAACUGGACUAGGAGUAUGCAUGGGGCCUGCUUGCAUGGGCGUGCACAGAGGUUGCCCCCAGGGCAGAAGGGAGUAGCUCCCAUCUUGUAAUGUCUCUUGGGGUCACUUCAAACAUGUAAGGGAAGAGAGCUGCUCCAACUGAAUCACUGAAUCUCCAAGACCUUAGACUGAGCAGCAGCAAGUCAUGGCCUCUGGACCCAGGCUGGUGGGUCAGGCCCAGCUAUGCAGGCAAAGGUUCCCGGGUGGCCGAGGCCACCCACCCUCUUCCCUAAAUGGCCUUUCCCGAUACAACUUACAGAGUCUCAGGCCACCACAGCUGUGGGAAGACUUACCACCCAACUCACACUUAUGGUACGGACGGGGCCACCGACACCCAGAGAGGGAAAGGGAUCUGCUCAAGUGCAUGUGCAAAUCAGGUGACUGGAACUCUGGUCUUCUAAACCCUCUUUGACUCAGUUUCUCCUUGGGGGACCUGAAGAAACGGAUUUUUAAUCAUUGCAGAGGAAGCAUACCACAUACAUUGGGACCCUUAGUGGGGCUGGCCAAUACCAUCUGGUUAUCUCCUACGUUAUGAAAAUAAUGCGUUCCAAUCAAGGUGAAUUCAAAUGAACUCUUAAAUGAAAUCUAUGCUACCCGUAAAUGUGCUUUUUGGACUCAGAACUGUAGAACUGUACUUCUCCGGUGUUGGGAUACAGCAGCCCCUGAUAGUAUGAAUUUCAAUCUUUGAGCCAGUCCCAGGACAUGUUAGUAGGGGAGAGUGUAGGUAUAGAUACAGAUCUCAGCUCAGCUUCUUACUAGCUGUGUAAUCUGAGAUUCUCUCAGCCUCAGACUCUUCAUUUGUAAAAUGGGAAUGAUUAUAUCUACGUCAUGGAGCCACGUAGAGUGCCUGCUGCUCAAUGAAGAGUAGCAUGGAUGAUGAUAAUGAUGAUGAUGAUGAUGAUGAUGAUGAUGAUGAUGAUGACACUGGAGGCGAAGAUGGAGGGAUGGUGGGGAUGGUGAUGACAGCAGAGAUGGUCAUGGUGGUGGUGGUGACGGAAGAGAGACGGUUCUUACCGAGGAGUGUUCAGAAUUUCCCUUUUCUUCUCGGGUAUCGGCAUCGGGAAGGAUGGGUUCCAGCUUGACAACUCUUUGGUGUGAGAAGCUUUGGGGUGUCUGUAAGGUGAAGCUGUGCCCCAUAUCGUGAGUUUUGAUUGUGAAGGUAAAUUGCUUCCAGAAGCAGGUGCUAAGGCCAUGCUCCCAGAGAACAAAUGCUGUCCCUUUUCCUUUGAGACCCUCUCACCCACCCAACUCAAGAACUCCUAGGAAUGAAUAGGCAUGUGGAGACAGGUUCUCUGGACAAUGGGAAGUCCUGAUUACCCCCUACCCACGCCAGGACUCCUCAUCCCUGACCCUGCGCUAAUUUUUCCAUAGAACUUAUCUUCUAGCAUAUGUUAUAAUUUACUGAUUUUCCAUAUUUAGUGUCUAUUUUUAUACCAGCCUCCCAGUGGGGUCCCAGCCUCCCUCCCCCACUAGAAGAGAAGCUUCAGGAGGGUAGGAACCUUCAUUUGCUUCACUGCUGUAUUCCAAACGUCUAAAAUAAUGCCUGGCACACAUUAGAUGCUCAAUAAAUAUUUGUUGAAUGACCAAAUGCUAAAAGGGUGGGAUCAAUGGCAGCCUUUGUUCCCCAGGACAGGCCCAGCUUCCUGGCUUGUUACCUGGUUUCUCCUCAAACAAACAGAGAGGGGUGAGGUAUAGCCCAGCGAGCCCGGCGUACAGGCUUUCAUACGGGGCCCAGGCUGGGGCUGUGGGAGUGAGGGGGCAGUGCUCAGCUUGGGGGUUAGUCCCUGGCAAGACCAUGGCCUUCAGGGGGCCUGAACCCUGGGUUCCUGCAUCCCUGCAAUACCAGAGGCUGAAGGCCGAGGAGAAGGAGCUGGAUCUGGAGUUCGAAGUCUUGAGUGUGGGGUUUAAUGAGGAGGGCAGAUAUGCCCUGCGGCUUACAGCUGAGAACCCCCUGCAGGCUGGCUCUGGGGCUGGGGUACUGUUGCAGGUAAAUGAUGGGGACCCCCUCCCUACCUGUUCUGCUGUCACCGAUGUCAUUGAGCAGCAGGAUCCUGGCCAGAAUCUCUCCCUUACCGGGAACAAGUUUGUCUUUACUUUGCCCAAAGGGUUCUGCAAGAACGACUGGCAGCACGACGCGCAGCUGCGCGUCGAGGCGCUGCGACUGGGCGGGGCCUCGGGACACCCCGCCCAGCGAGUGGGCGAGGCCAUCUUCCCGGUCUUCCCGCGCCCGGACCAGCCCCGCAUGAACCUGUGGGCGCGGGAGCACGAGGACCUGUACCACUACUGCGGCAGCCUGGCCCUGCUGCGUGCCAGCGCGGACCCCACGGCCCGCCACUGCGGGGGCCUGACCUACAGCGUGGCCUUCCGCGAGCACCGGGCCCCUCAGCCUCUAGCCCCAAACUGCCCUCCGGGGGCCGGCCAGCCAGGACCCGUGUCAUCACGCCCAGAGCCCCAGCUGCCCAGGCUGCAGGUUUUGAGAGAUGCCCGAAGUGACCAGGAGACAGAAGUCUGUGUGUGUCCCCCUUCAAGCCCCUCCAGCUCCCACCACGGCCAGGAGGGACUCAGCCCUGAACCAGGAUUCUGGCAGCCUCGGACCCAAGUCACUGAGAGCCCAGAGGAGCCCCUGAACACCUCACAGAGUGUGGAAUCUGUCACCAGCCACCUGUCUCCCCCUAAUAAGGAGACCAUCAUGGUCACUCUCCACGGGGCCACCAACCUACCCACCUGCAAGGAUGGCUCCGAGCCGUGGCCAUACGUGGUAGUGGAAACCACAUCUGAGGAUGUGAAGGACCAGAACGCCAAGGCAGUCACAUCUGUGACCACAGAGCCCACUGUAGCCCCCAUCUGGGGGGACACGGUCAAAGUGGAGCUCCAAACUGAGGAUGCGGGACAAGAAGAUAUGGUCCUCAAGGUGAUGGACAAUAAAAAUAAAGAGGAGCUAUUGUCCUAUCAAAUCCCCAUCAAAUACCUGAGUCUCUUCCACCCCUACCACUUUGAGCUGGUGAAGCCUACCCAGUCUGGGAAAGCUGAGGAAGCCACUGCCAAGACCCAACUGUAUGUGACCAUCGUUCGGAAAGGCAGUUUCUUCCACCGCGACACCGGCAGCAACCACACUGCUCUGGAGGUCUUUCUCCGGGGAAUCAACGAGGCCCUGGUCAACAACUCUGACCCCAUGGUGGUCAUUGCCAGGGUGGUUCCCAACUACCGUGAUUUUAAGGUCAAUCAAAUGAAGCAGGACCCAGCCUUCGUGGGGCUGCCCAUCACCCCACUCCCCUUCCCAAUCCCGUCUCUUCUGCACUUGGAUGUUCCUCAGGUCAGCCAGAACGGGUGUCCUCAGCUGUCCAAGCCUGGGGGACCCCCGGAGCUGCCCUCAUGGAAUCAGUCCUUCCUCUUCCAAGGCCGAGACGGAGCCACCAACUUCUCGGAAGACACAGCCCUGGUGCUGGAGUUCUACCCCUCGACUUCCAUGAAAGGCAGUGAGCCAUGGACCCUCAGCAAGCCCCUGGGCAUCUCCGUGUUGCCGCUAAAGAACCGUUUGUACCGCAAGAUGCUGACAGGGAAAGGUCUGAAUGGGCUGCACAUGGAGAGGCUCCCCAUCACGGACACCAAGCUGAAAACCAUAAAUGGUGAGGCCCCCACAGUGGAUAUCUCCUUCCAGCUGCUUUCCUCUGAGAAGCCAGAAAACUUCUUGACACCAAACAACAGCAAGGUUCUGCCCAUCCUAGACCCCAAGGUCUUAGAUGAGAAGCUGGGUACCAUCCAUGCGUCCAACACCCUGGUGAGCUCUACAAUGGACUGUAGCACAUCUGCCUCUCAGGAAGCAGAGGAAGAACCUCUGGUGCCCAAGAUAUCCCACGAAAUGGAGGUGAACAACUACCGGCGGGCCAUGCAGAAGAUGGCAGAGGACAUCCUGUCGCUGCGGAAGCAGAUCAGCAUCCUGGAGGCAGAGAACCACACGCUGAGGAGCCAGCUAACCCAGGGGGAGGUGGAAGAGGAGCAGAACGACACCAACAAGAGCCAGAAUCUGGUGUCCAUGAAGCAGAAACUGCUGCUGAGUGAGCUGGACAUGAAGAAGCUGUGGGACAAAGUGCAGCAUUUGCAGAAUGAGCUGAUUCGAAAGAAUGAUCGAGAGAAGGAGCUACUCCUCCUGCACCAGGCUCAGCAGCCACAGGCCGCGCUGCUGAAGCGGUACCAGGACAAGCUGCGGAAGACGAAACUGCUGGAGGAGACUGUGCGGCACCAGGAGAAGGUGAUCGAGAAGAUGGAACGGGUGCUGGAGGACAAGCUGCGGGACAGGAAGGAGCCCCUGCUCACCAGGCUGCAGGGAAAGCCCAGCGUGGCCUUCCCUGUGCUCUCAGCCUCUGGCCUUCCCCCGGGGCCCGCAAGAGAGAACCUGCCCGUCGACCUGUACUCCGCGCUACUGGCAGAAAACUCCAGGCUGCAGGCAGAGCUGGAUAAGAACCGCCACCAGUCGGCCCCCAUCAUCCUGCAGCAGCAGGCCCUGCCGGAUCUCCUUGGCAAUACUUCAGACAAGUUCAACCUUCUGGCCAAGCUGGAACGAGCUCAGAGCCGGAUCCUAUCCCUGGAAAGCCAGUUAGAGGACUCGGCUCGACGCUGGGGACGAGAGAAGCAGGACUUGGCCACAAGGCUGCAGGAGCAAGAGUACGGCUUGGCACAACCCUCAAACUCCAUCAUCACUGACCUGCCUCACUACUCGGCCCUCUCCAAGGACAGCAGGCGACCCUCAAAGCUGGACCCCUUGACGCCCAGCUCAGAGACCAAGCUCAACAAGCCCUCGAACUCCCAGAAGACCUGAGUCUUAGCAGACCUGAGUGCCGGAGGAGGCCUCCCUCUCUGUGUGCUGGGGAGUCUCAUUCCACCCCCCAAAUGACUCCAUUAAAUGCUGUAAGUCCGUGAGCAUUCGUCUCUUUUCUGGGGUAGGGCAGCCUAGGGGGCCCAGCUUCCUCCUUCCAGACCCCACUCUGGGCCCUGUCCCUCUGCUGCAGCCUUAUAGCCUCCUGCCUGUCCCAGAAGCUACCAUUUUGGGAGAGCCAAAGGCCAUAGUGGACCCAGGAGGGUGGGGGAGAAGAGGCUUUCCAAAGCAGGAGCCAGGGAGACACACCCCUUCCAGAACUCCAGAAGAAAUGAGGCCAGCUCUGUUGGAAGAUGUGAGGGAGGCUGGGACUUUCCACUUGCCCCGAAACAUCUCAUAUCUGAAAUCCCUUCUUUCAAGUUCGAUUGAUCAGUUUCUUGGGAAGGGAAAGACUUAAAGCCUGACUGUGGCAAUCAGUUACAUGUUAGUGUGAAAUAGUCCAUUAACCAGGGCCAGGCUGAGUGGGCAAUGUUGUGUCCAUAUAUAGCCAGGGACAGGAAAGCUGAUGGGGCUCGGGGAAGGAACCCUCUGCUGAGAGUCGGAAGGCCCGGAUUCUAGUUAUAAACAUGCUGUGCGACCUUGAGUGACUCAAGCCACCUCUCUGGGCUUCCAUUUCCCCAUCUGUCCCAUGCAGAGCUUGACUUCUUUGAUGGUAGUGCCCUUUCCAGCCCUACCGUUUCUGAGUCAAAGAUAACUGGGGCCCAGAGAAGUGAAAGGAAGCAAGAAAGAGAGAGAAAGCCAACAAGAAAGAUGAUUCUAUGGUAGGGAAAAGUAGAAAGGCUCCAAAAGUGGACUCAGAACCUUCAGAUGCUGGUAGAAGAGACCAGGGCAGCAGGGCCGCUGUCCUGGGCGGGACUAGCUCCCCUGUCUGCCUGCAGAACUUAGACUUGGCUAGCAGAGGGCCAGGAGGAACCAGGCACCUGGUCAGGAGUUAUAGAACUCAGAGAGGGUAAGGGGGCCAAAACUGGGACCAGUGCCAGGCAGUCCAAAUAAUGCACCAAAGGCCCAGCCACAGUCUUCCUGCCUACUGCCCAGAGAAAGACCGGGUGGGGUAAAGCAAACAUACUGGCCUCUUAUUCCCUAGAUUGGCCACCUCACACCAGACCCUCACUCAGGCUUCAGCCCUGGACAUGCUCCAGAACUCUAGCUGACCUUGGCAGGAAGUCCUCAUGACCCCAUAGGGAACUCCCACCCUGAGUUCAGCCAGUCAGAGGUCUACAGGAACCUCAUUCCUGAUAGGUGGGCCUGCCCGGAAGUCUGUUCUCAGACCACCCUGUUCCCUCAACAGAAGCCGGGUCCUUUGUCCCUCUGCCCGCCGCUCCAGGAGCUCCCCGCACAGUGGCAAUAGCCCGCCACCUGCUCUGCCUUGCCCCCAGCCCCAGGCAGCAAGGGGGUUAAUCCUACUGGCUCCUGAGCAGGUGGGUCCCAAUAGAAUUGGCUUCAAGGGCAGCUGCCCUGGGUGCCCCAUUCGUGCCCAGAUCCCGUUGCUGACCCAGGUCAGGGAGCAUGAUCACAGGAGCGAUAGAUCACUCCGGGGGUCGGACGGAAAUGAGAACACUUCACACGGUUUGGUCAUUUAUUGCCUUCAUGGGUCAGGAAAAGAAGGGGAAGAGGUGGGAGAAAGAGGGGUGCCCUGGCCAACUUUCUCCUCCCAGAGCUGGCCCAAAAGGAGCAGGGGAGGGGGGCUGAGGACUGAAGAGCAGAACCGCCAUGGGCCCCACCCCGACCUUCCUCCAGCACCCCUGCUGUCCUGAGAGGUGGGAGAGGCAGCGUCCACCCUCUCUAAUCACACCUGGGGUGGGUCCUGGCUGUAGGGCCUGAAGGUGAGGAGGAUGGGCUUGUCGGGCAUCAGGAUGAGGUUGAAUGUGGUGCCCACAUCACUGAGAUGUUGCAUUUCAACUCUGAAGUUCUCCAGAAUCUGAGAAAGAGGGGUGGUGGGCUUAGGGGAGAGGUGGGGAGGGGCUGUCUCCCUCAGGGCCAGGCUCAUUCACCUGUAGGUGUCACCUGUCGUGAGUGACUGGAGGAACUCACCGCCAGCUCCUGUUUGGCCUUGCACAGCGCCUGAAAAUGCAUGACUAGUGCCUCGUCCCCUCGAUCAGCCUUAUAGCUUCAAUGAAACCUUGUCCCCCCCACCCCCUUACCCGUCCCAUCCCACCUGGGGGGGAACAGAUGGCCAGGGGACACCGAUGGGCCAUAAGAAGAUUAGCCCGAAACUGUCAGGGAGGAGGAAGGCAAAUAAUGGGAGACAGAUGUCCCCAGCCCUGUACUCCCUGGGCUCCGGGCAGAGAUGAGAGUAGGAGGGUCACUGCCUUCAUUAGGGCCAUGGCCAGUCCAGGUGGCCAGAUGCCCCCGGCCGGACUCACAUGGAUGAGGAAGAGGGUCAUCUCGAGCUCAGCGAUCCGCCGGCCCACACACUGCCGCACACCCCAGCCAAAGCCCAGGUUCCGGAAGUGGAUGAGUUCCUUGUCUUUACUCAGCCAUCGGGUUGGGUCAAACUUGCCCGGAUUGAGGAAGAAGGUGGGGUCUUGGCCCAAGGCAUAGGUGGACACCUGCACCAACGUCUGGGGACAAGGUGGGCAGAGGCCUGAGAGGCUUCAUCUACUCCCAGCCAGGAGCAUUAACUCAGCUUCCCCACCCCCGCUCCCCAGCCAGGCUGCCCAGUGUUCCAGCACGGGACCCCGCCCACCGUGUGACGUUAAAAAAGUUCCCACCCCCUCUCCUGAGCCUCACCCAUCAGAUGGGCAGGACUGAAGACUCAAGGCCAGGGAUGGCUCAAGGGAUUGUCCAGCCCUUUCCUCAACCCCAGAGGGCUCCCGAGACCCAGUGGGGCCUCCCUCUUAACCCUGGGCUCCAGCAACAUUCCAGGGACCAUCACCCCCUAUGCCCAGUACUCCUGCCCUUCAUUCCUACUUGGACUGCUGCACCAGCCAACUCCAGGAAGAAAGAGGGGACAGAAACCCUCGUCGCCACCCAUCUGUGUGCAACUGCAGUCUGUCCCCAGCCUCCUCUGUCUGACUGGCAGAGCCGGCAGCCCCCCCUGCUGCACCCACCUUGGCAGGAAUCAUGUAAUUUCGAAGAACCAAGUCAUUUUCAAGGUAUCUCUGCAGGGUCACAGAGAUGGGGUGGAGUCUGCCGGAGGAAGGCAUUCAGAAGCUGAUGCCCCAGGGCACCCGGGUGGCUCAGUCAGUUAAGCGUCCAACUCUUGAUUUCGGCUCAGGUCACGAUCUCACGGUUCAUGACUUUGAACCCCACGUCGGGCUCCAUGCUGUCAGCUGUCAGCGCGGAGCCUGCUUGGGAUCUCCCUCUCGCUCUCUGCCCCUCCCCCGCUUGUGCUCAUUCUCUCUCUCUCUCUCUCUC